CUUGCGGGGAAAGCCAUACACGACUUCCCGAAGAAGCAACUUCCUCGCAAAGAUAUAUUGCUGCUUAGGCAAUAGAAGACACUUCUGAUCUUUGCGUCUCCGAGUAUAAGUACCGUCCAUUUUCUCUCUCGUUUUCCUCAUUACCAUCGAUCCUCUUGUCGUCUUAUCUGUGUGUCGAGCAAGUAUAGAUCCGAAGCUUAGUAUAAACAACGAGCUGCAAUGGCUCCAUUUGAUGUUCAGAGUGCGCGGUCCAAAUUCCCGGCGCUACAACAGGAACAAGUCUACUUCGACAAUGCCGGCGGAAGUCAAACCUUGGGAGCCGUGAUUGACUCAAUAUACAAAUACCUGACCACCAACAACGUGCAACUUGGUGCAUCGUACCGCGUUGGAAAGGCCUCUACCCAGAAAUAUAAUGAAGGAUUUGCUGCAGCGGCCAAGUAUAUCAACGCGCAGGAAGAUGAGAUUGUCUUUGGCUCUUCUACAACCCAGCUCUACCGCAACCUCUCAUACGCCUUGCACUUCGAGGAGGGAGACGAGAUCAUCGUUUCCAGCAUCGACCACGAAGCCAACAUAGCCCCCUGGGUCGAUCUCGCGUCCCGCCUCAAGCUGAACCUCAGGUGGUGGACGCCAGCCAAGUCGACCAACCCCAAGCUCCUCGCGGAGGACCUCAAGCCCCUGCUCACCCCCAGGACGAGGCUCGUGACGUGCACGCACACGAGCAACAUCCUCGGGACCAUCACGGACGUCAAGGCCAUCGCGGAGACGGUGCACACGGUGCCGGGCGCGCUGCUGUGCGUGGACGGCGUGGCGUACGCCCCGCACCGGGCGCUCGACAUGCAGGACCUGGGCGCCGACUUCUACUGCUACUCGUGGUACAAGGUGUACGGGCCGCACAUAUCGAUGCUGUAUGCGUCGCGGGGGGCGCAGGAGGCGCGCGUGCGGUCCCUGGGCCACUUCUUCAAGGGGGGCUCGACCCUCGACGAGAGGCUCGGGCUCGCGGGCGGCUCGUACGAGCUGCUGCAGACCGUCCCGGCCGUCCUCGGGUACCUGGGCGCCAGCGGCUCCGAGGCCUGGGAGGGCCUCCGGGGGCACGAGGAGGAGCUGCAGGGGACGCUGCUGGAGUACCUGAACGGGAGGGAGGACGUCACGGUGAUCGGGGAACCGAGCAGCGACCCUGCGCUCAGGGUGCCGACGGUGAGCUUCGUGGUCAAGGGGUGGAACUCACAAGAACUGGUGGAAAAGGUGGAAAAGGAUAGUAAUUUUGCGUUUAGAUGGGGCAGCUUUUACUCGAACCGGCUGGUGCACGAGUUGUUGGGCCUGGGGAGUGACGGGGUGGUCAGGAUUAGCAUGGUGCAUUAUAAUACUGUUGAGGAGGUGAAAGGAAUCAUUGGAGCUAUUGACGCGGCCAUCCAGAGAUGAUGAGCUGCCAUUUGAUCAUACGACAAAGUCGUAUACUCGGACCCGAGUGCCUCUCGCUUUUGCAGCAAGCAAUGCAUGCCCCCCAAUAGCGCUCUAGAACCCAGCACAUUAAUUUUAUGGAUGCGUCAAUCUUGAAGUAGACUUUAUGAAUGUU